GAUCUGUUUUUUCUUUGCAGGCAUAUGAAUAACUUAGCCCCAGCUGUUGAUACGUGGAGUUCAAAAAUUCUCUUCCUCGGCUGUUUGGAAACUUAAUUUCACCUGGCCGGCAUUGGGAUGCUUUCAGCAAUUUAUCCCAAUAGGUUUUAAGAAACCUAAACUUCCCCUUGGUAUUGUGAUCUAAUUAAGGUCCCCUGGAAUCCUCAACCUUGGAACCAAGGCAGGAGAAUCUUAGAACAAGGGCUCUUGUGACUUACAUUUAUCAAGACGAUCAUCUAGUUGAAUUUUUCAGCAAAUUAAGUUGCUAUGGUGACUCUAAUGGAAACCGGAUCCGGAGAGAACGGGCUUAGCCUGUCGGUAGUAAACCAGUCAGACGAUGAUGACGAUUGUAUGUCGACAGGUGGCUCAGCCCACAGUUCUGACUUUAAUGGUAGCACAACAGAUAUCAUGGUUGCUGCAAUGAAUGAUGAUGUCACCGCCCAGUUAGCUGCUGCAGGUUGGCAAAAAGCAAACUUUAAUGGUCCAGUUGGCAUGGCUGCAGCUGCUGCAAUUAUAUCAGCCAAGAAACGAAAAAGGCCACACGCAUUUGAGACAAAUCCAUCAAUCAGGAAACGACAGCAGAACCGUCUAUUGCGCAAACUCCGACAAACUAUUGACGAAUUUGCAACUCGCGUUGGGCAACAAGCUGUAGUUCUAGUAGCAACACCAGGAAAACCAACCACUAGUUUCAAAUGUUUUGGUGCCAAACCACUAGAAGAUGUUGUAAAAAAUCUGCGAUCAAUGAUCAUGGAUGAACUUGAAGCAGCGUUGGCACAGCAAGCACCUCCACCGGUCAAGGAAGAUCCAUCGUUAUAUGAAUUACCUCCAUUGAUAAUAGAUGGCAUACCAACACCUGUUGAAAAAAUGACCCAAGCACAGUUACGAGCAUUUAUCCCUCUUAUGUUGAAAUACUCAACAGGAAGAGGUAAACCAGGUUGGGGCAGAGAAUCAACAAGACCACCAUGGUGGCCCAAGGAAGUACCAUGGGCAAACGUCAGGAUGGAUGCACGACCGGAGGAUGAAAAACAGAAGAUUUCAUGGACGCAUGCUCUGAGACAAAUAGUUUUAAAUUGUUACAAAUUCCAUGGCAGAGAGGAUUUGCUGCCAACGUUUACUGACGAUGAUGAUGGGAAGACUUCACCAUCGGUGGGCGUUUUGAAGUUCCACCACAACAACAUUAAGGCCAUCUCCAGUCCCCCUCAGCCCACCGCUCAACAGCAGGUACACCAGUAUCAGCAAGCUGUUCUCCAAACGAUUAGUAAUCCAGAUGGAACUGUGUCAAUAAUCCAAGUAGAUCCAAAUAAUCCCAUUAUUACAUUACCGGACGGAACAACUGCGCAUGUCCAAGGUGUAGCUACGAUACAUACAGGACAAGGUGAAGGGCAAUCAGUGCACACAGUGCAAGCUCUAGCAGAAGUAGGAGGAGGACAGGGUGAAGGUGUAUCAGUAGACUUAAAUAAUGUAACGGAAGCAACAUUGAAUCAGGAUGGACAGUUGAUCCUUACUGGUGAAGAUGGUCAAGGUUACCCUGUUUCAGUCUCGGGUAUGAUCACAGUGCCUGUCUCUGCCUCAAUGUACCAAACAGUUGUAGCGAAUAUUCAACAAAUUCAAGGUAGCGACGGAACAAUGCAGGUCGUAACACCUAUGGUACAUGUUCCAAAAAUAGAGCCAGGCACUGGCAAUAGUAGUAAUGGGAACAAUGAAGUCGAAACAAUAACUGUUACCCCCCACCAACUAGUCACAAUGAAUAACAAUGGAGAACCUCAGGUGCUGCAGGUGCUAUCGCUGAAAGAUGCAACUGCCCUCUCCAAAGCGCUCUCAACAGGUGUUGUCACGAGCACCCACGAUACCUCAAAUGACGAGUCACAAACGAUAACGUCGGAUCCAUAGUACACUCUGUGAGGGUCACUCCUUGCAUCUCAUUUGUUCACCUCAAUGAAACCAAAUAUCACUAAGGAUGUAAAUAUAAAGCCACCUGUAAAUACUGUAAGCUAACUUUACAUCUGAAUUUAGUCCAUACUUUUUUAAGUUCCUUUUGUUAUGGCUGCAUGAAACCCAUUUGUAUUCUCACGAUGAUCGUUACAGAUCUCAUCUGUGUUGCAGAAUCAAAUCAAUACAUGUGAACUCUACUAACUCAAACCAACCCUGAUUUGUUUCAUACUAACCUGCAUGGUUUUUAGAAUUUCUUUUGCUUUCAAAAUGGCACUAAAUUUGUUUAAUUUGUAAGAGGAUUCUCCUUUAGUCCCUCAGGUUGGUAAACCAUGUAACUUUAAUGUCUUUAUUUGAUAGAUCCAAUGAUAAAAAGACCUUACCAAAAAUUUUACACCUCUAGUAAUUCUUCUGUUCAAGUGUUUGUGAAAUGAAAACAUUGGGUUUACUUUGAGUUUUUGGGUUUAGUCCUGUAUUUUAAUCUCAUUACACAGCCAUUUUUGUGCCAUCGUUAACUCUGUCGUAUCAGUUUCUUUCCUGUUAAUUUCUAUUAGUCUUUUUGUCCGAGCGCGUGUAAAAAUUUAAAUGCAAGUUUCGUAAGUUACCAUGCCUAGUUUGUCUUUUUUUUUUUUGAAGUAUUGUAUUUUUGUACAAUAACUUAUGACACUUUCUGAGCGCUCCAUGGAAAGGCUUGUGGACUCAAAUUGUUUGAGACUGAUGCAUAAUCUGUGACUGAAAGUAGUAAUGAUUUCCCAGAGUCUGAUAACUGAUGAAUUUUUGAGUGAAAAAUCUAUCGUAAGACUGAUGUGCAGUUGAGGGAAUUUCACAAAGGGAAACCAUGUGUUACCAAAUAAGAUGUUUUUGAGGGUUGAAAUAAUCAAUGUUACCCUACGUUCCUUGAGAGGCAUGAAAAUUAGUUAUCAGUAAACUGACUAUCAGCUAAUCAAGGAUUUUGCUGUAGUUGAUCAGUUUGUUAUUUUUGCAGCACAUAAAAACCUGUGCUCCUGAGAAUUAUAAGGAUGAUAGAUAAUCUUGUGAAGUGAAAUAAUUUUGUUGUCUUGUAAAAUCCCUGUACGAAUCUGUCAUGUAUUUAUAAGCCAUUCAUUCAUUUUAUAAUUCAGCUACAAGUAAUAUAUUAACCCUCUGAAAUAUUUUUUUGCUCCAGAACAAUGUUCAAGUACCCCUAAUCCUCUUCUUUUUUGAUUAUUUGUCUAAUUUUUGGUAACUUGUAGGCCUGUCUUUAAAAUAAUUUUUCUUUUAAAAAUCUCACCUAAAUUGCAAAGCUACAAAAACUUAGGAGACACCAGGCCAGACUUUGCAUCAGCUAAAAGUCCGUAGCACCAUCAUCAGUAACUGCUUGCAUUGUCUUUGUCUUCCUUGUAAUUUUAUCUACUUCUCUAUCUGCCUUGCGCCCCCCCCCCUCCUUGUCUAUUGAAUUUUUCAUUGAAAGGGUUUUAUUGCAAUCUUCUUGCGUCAUCUUUUUAUUCUCAAUCAUGACGAAGAGGUUAUAGAAACACUGUCAAAUCUGAAAGUGAGCAAAAAUUUACAGAGAAAACCUGGAUUAUUUUCAUUGGUGGCUUCGUACAAAUUGAUGUUUUUAAGUUUUGACAAAAUAAUUUGCUUGUUAGGAUUUUAUUUUUUUUCUCCACAGAUCAGGUUUUUAAAACUUUACAGUCAUUCUGGUGUUGUGAAAUAUGAACAGCUCCAUCAGUUUCAGACUUAUUCAGAUCUCAAUUUCGAAUAUGUAUUAUUUUUAAGGUUUGAUUCUAAGUAAGUCUCUUGGUUUCUGUUGCACUGUCUAUCUUCCGUAUUUAUUUCAUAUUUUUUUAUCUUUGUAGGAGCUCCAUUUUUUUCCCUUACGUUUGUCGUUCUAAUACAAGACUCAUUAGUUUGUAAGAAGAGACAAGUUAAUCAAGAAUUUUAUGAACUUCCGUUCAUUCUCAUCUAAGAUAAGUGAUUGACUCUUAUAAAAAUCUUUUAGAAUCUAUUAUGGUUAGUGUGCAUUGCUUUUCUUGAGUAAGUUAGAUUUAUCAAGGAUUCAUGAUCAAUUUUUCAUGCCUACUAGAUUAAUGGCGAUGUGCAUGAAGAGAUAUGAACUAAAAGUUUUUAAAUUACUAGUCUCUCAACAUUGGCAACUUAUUCAAUGGAUAUCGAAUUCCAUAGCUUCUCAUGCAUCUCUUGUAGUUUCCUCUUUUUUUUAAAAGAUCGGUUUCAAAUUCCAUAGCAAAAAUGGUCUGGGAAGACUGACAUCUAACUGUCUUCAUAGCUGUUGGUAAUUUUAAUCGAUUUGUUUAGAUUCUCAGACUUUCAGAAGUGUUUUGAUUAGAUCAAAAUCAAAGUUAUCCUAGGAACAUCAAACUCAAGUACCAUAAUGAUCGAAGGAUCCUUCAAUUACCGUUCUAAAAAAUUGUUCAGUUAAUACAAGCUCCUCUAAGUUUCCAGCAUAGCUUAAUCAUUUUACAAUCAUUGCUUCCUUGAAUGUAAAAUCUUUAAGUAAAUUUUUGUUGUGAUGAAACUUGUGUAAGGACCUAUUUCCUUUCUAAACUUGGGCUUUUUCUCCAAUAUGUUUAUACAUAUUAUGUUGUCACAUCAUUUGAAUGAACGGAAUUUCAUUUUAGGAGAAACUCCUUCACAUUAAUAGACUGAUAUAGUGGCUACAUCCUAGUUUUUUGUUGCAGUUUCAAAGUCUCAAAGAGAAACAGACCCAUAACCUUAUCAUAUUUGUCUCAAGGUGGUUAAAUGUGUUACGGUGUUUCUUGCAGUCAAAAUUUCUUGUCUUUAGUGAGGCAUUAACUGAUUUAUGACUCGCUACUGACAAAAUUGUAAUGAAUCACAAAUUAAUUCAUACAGAAUUUGGACCUUAGGUUAUGUUCUAUUGUUUUGGUUUGAACGAUUUAAAUCAAUUAUGUAAUAUGUUGGAAAUUGACAUGUCAAAUAUUGGAAAAACGAUUUACCUACUAUAUCAGUCUCAUCAGACCAGUUUUGAGUGUAACUGAGCUAAGUAUAAGUCAACUCAAUGGUAUGGAAUAAUUGUUUAGUUUUUGUUUCUCUUUGUUUGACUUCUCUCUCCUUUUUCAUUCUAAAUGUUCGUAGAUUCAUAAUUUAUUUGUUUUCUAUUAAUGUAUGCAUUAUUUCUGUGUUAUUAUUUGUUGUUUGCUAAUAAUAAUUUUUUGUUAUAUGUUAUUUUUUAUUUUUUAUUUGACAGUUUGAUUGCACUCCUAGUUUAAUAGGUUGCUCGACGUAAAAAAAAAGUCAUCUUAUUACCUUCAAUGAUUUCAAUAAUAAAACAUUUUUCUCCUCCGGAUUUUCAACGUUUACACUUUCAUUUAAUCCAUCGGUUUUUUAUGAAGUAUUGAUUUUCCUGGAAAAAUUUCUGUAGGAUAAUUUUAAUUAUUUUUGAAUCUGAAUGCUGUCUGUGUGAAUUAGACUGUCCUGAAGCACAAGUUGAAUAAUAUUUUAUCGCCUUUGAUCUUUUCAACUGAAAGAUUUUGGUAUAAUCAAAUUAGGUCCUUGCUGAUUUUCUUUGUAUCAGGUGAAUCAUGUUGCCCAACUUUUACGGACAGUUUCUUUCAAAAGGAUCAUUUUAGACAGAAAAUUAAAAGGGUUUGAGAUAUUGACACUGUCUAAUGUUUUUUUUUUUUUAAUUGAAUGUAUCAGUAUUCGAUUCUUUCAUAUGUUAUUCUUUAGCUAAAAGACACGAAUGCAAGGGCAUGCAAAUAUCUAUUUUUUGACCCUCAACAAUCUUAUUUUUUAUCUCUAAUGGGAAAAAAAUACUAAAUGUUUACAAUGAAAAAAAUAAAAGAAUAUUCCCUUUACAUCUAAUUAAGGUUUAACUUUGAAUUAAUAAGAACUAAUUGUCAAAGUUGAUGACCCUCUUUGCUUGUCCCUUUUUUGUUCAUGAAUUGAUACACAGGAGCACUUGAUUACAUAAGCACAUCUCUGUAUUUGAAUAAAUUUUGACAGGAGCUCUUCAAAUAUUAAAAUGACUGAAUGAAUAAAAACAAAAAAGAACUGAAAAGAAAAGAAGAAUGAAAUUAUUCUCAUAAAAAUGAAAGAUGAAAUGCAUGGAAACAUUAAUCAGCUUCACUUUCUGUUCCUGUUUUGCAAAUUGCCUAUGGAACUAAAACUCCGGAGUGUCAAUCUUUGUGUGUUGUUGGAGGUCUGAUUUUAACUUAACUGUUAUCAUUGCUAGUAGUAUUAUUUACCUUUUAAAGGCUUUCGUAAGUGGAAAGUUCCUUUAGUUAGUUUUUCUCCCUUAUGAAUGUAUAAAAUCCUUAACAAAAUCCAAUAGCAGUUUGGCGAAAACCUAAAUCUCCACCUUUUUUUGGCAAGUUUAUGAAGUCAUAUCAUCAUUUUAUUUCUCUUACUCGUUCGUUUAUUUUUUGCAACUGCCCUGAGAGACCCAACAAACUAAAAAAUUUUCGGUGAGGACCAUAAUUUAAAUGCCUGAACUGUGUAUCUUUUAUAUAUCAAUGCAUAACCAUAUUUCCCUAGACUCGGGCAUACUCUUGUGAAAGCCUCUUGCUGCAGAACUGGCCAAUGUCAUAACUCUCAGGAAUGUGAAAGCUUUAAGUCCUACUAAAUUUUGCAAUUGUAUGUAAGAAUUGCUCUCCCUGAGAUAGGUCAUAGAUGCAAGUGCGGGUAGAAUCUUUGAGUCACUUAGCUUUGCAAGUAUUAAUGCCAAAGAAUAUGAUUAUCUUAUGUUGCUUUAGUCUUUGUGAACAAAAUUCUCUUACUCUCUAAAAUUUCUCUCAAGUUGCUUAAUGAAUGUACCAAAUACUUUCUAUCAAUUUAAUUCUCAUUUGGACUGCGUUGAGCAGAAAGGAACCAAGCCACAGCAGCUUUUGCCAAAUUUAACGGAACAAUUUAAUUUUUUACAAGAGAACAUUAGUGCAGAUUCCUUUGCAAAUUUCGAGGAAUAUGCUUCUUACUGUACAGAAAAUUCACUGAAAUUUGCACAAGAAUCUGCACAACUGUUGCUAUGCAAAACAUUAAUGGCCCAAUUAAAUUUGGCAUUACCUGGUGUGGCUUGGUUCCUUUCUGCUCAAGGCGGUCUAUUUUUCUCUCAGCAAGGGGUCUGCCUUUGUAUCGAUUCAAGUCCUUCAAUGCCACAAGCUCACCUUAAGGUUCAGUCCUAAACCUUGAUGUGUAAUUUUAAAACUGAGAAUAUUUUUCCUGAGAAGAGAGAUCCUAUUAUGUAAUUUUUCAUAAGACUAAUAUUUGUAAUUCAUGUAAUUUCAAAUAGAAGCUGGUAUCAAAACCAUUGAAUAAAAAGUAUACGAAAUAUUCGAUAAUACCAGGAAGAGCCCUUUCUAGCCAUCUCAAACUUUAUCCAAUCAUAAAAAGGUAAAUAAAUGCACUGUAAUUUUACACCGUCCAGCCUUUACUGUCAACAAAUUCUUAUUUUUGAGGGGAAAUUAAGUAUCACAAGGAUUUUCUUUUUUUUGUAAUUGUAUAUUUUUCUUUUUUGGUUAGAAAAGGUGCUGAAUAUGAGAAACUUGACUGUACUAUUUUUGUAUAUGCAUUUUUGACCAAAAGAAUAUUAUCUACUUUUUGGUACUAGUCUUGAGUCCCAAAAAAAUGUAGGUUUGGUUGCCGAAGCUUAUGCUGGAAUGUAGUUAAGAUUCUUUUGCUGGAUGCUGCUCAUGUCAUUCGAUUGAUAAUUAAUCUUUAAAUUUAAGGGUAAUAACUGCUAGGAAAGAACAUCUUGUCCUUCAGUUUAUCGAAAGAAUGAGGUAUUGAAAAAGAAUGUUAAUGAGUAUUAAUUUCGCUAUGAUGAACAGAUUUUCAUAAUGCAGCUCUUUCUGUUUCCAGUGCAUCUCAUUGAUAAGAGAAAUAGUUAGAAGGGUUAAGAGUCAAAAUUAGUCAAUCAAAGUUUAUUUAUGUUUUUUUUUUUGCCGCUUCAUUUUCUAUGUACGAGACGGCAAUAUUCUCGAAUAGGGAUGGAGUUCAAUGAUGAGUAAUCGUCAUCUGUGUAAAAAAUUAUGGGAGUUAUCAUUAACUUUUACUCUCACCAACCAAGAGCUCUUUCCUUUUUUUGUACACUGACUUUAAAUUAAUUCUUGUGUUCCAUAAUAUAUUGAUAGGUAGUGUCCAAUUAUUUUUGUAUUGAGGUAUUCUUUGUAAAAUGAACAGUUACUCCAAGGUGGAGAAAAGUAAAUCCUAUACCAUAAAUUUACUGUACAAUUGAACUGUUAAUUAGUAACUAUUAUCUACGAUGUAUAUAUACUUACAAGGUACCUAUUUAAUUUUAGCUAAAUUGCUAGUCAUAAUUUUUAUUUUAAUACGAUGUGAAGGAUGUAUCUGUCCAUGACUGUUACAUUAGUGCCACUACAAAAUGAGACUUAGUGUUUCUUGCUUGAAACAAGGAAAAAUACAUCUUGAACAAAGAUCUUGUUCGGGGCGUAACCUUUUUUUCUGAGUAGACAAAAGUAUCCUCACCUCAUUAAAGCAACCCUGAUUUUUUUUUUGGUUACCUUCUCACCUAGCUGUCAAGAAAUUGAUAACUCUGGAGUUUCAUCAGUAAAUUUAUUUUAGUCAUCAAGUUUUUUGUCACUGUGCAUGAUAGAAUUAAUCUUCUUAGUUAUUCAUGUGAGAGUUAAGUUUGGAUUCACAUCACGAUCAUCAUUAAUGAGAAUUAUCGCCAUUCACAUUACGUGUAUUGAAUCAUUGCAGUAACUCUUGUUAAUUCACCAGAAUUUUCUAGUCUUUGUUCUUUGGUUGUAUUUUUCCCCAAAUAUGUAUUUCCAUGUAAAGGAAACUGAUCGAGCUUUGCAGCUUUCAACAUUGCUGUGAAAAAUAAUGCUACAAUUUCCCUUGAUCUUUCAUUGACCAAUAAAAAGUUUCUGAUUUGAUGAGACAAAAUUUCUGAACAAGUUUACGAAACCAUCUUAUUCCCCCACUUAAGCUCCAGCCAAAUUCCUGUAUCACAUGAUGUCUCUUUAAUUUUAAACUUUAUCCAAAUUAUUCAGAAAAAUGAAUAACAUGCAGUUUGCAAGAAAAAAAAAAAAAGAGUCAAAUUCUCCGUAGAUCCUAUGUAAAAUGAUUGAAGUUGCUCAGGGACCGUAUUAUUAAUGCUGAAUAAGUUUGUAAAUUUUUCUCUCUCUUUUUUUCCUUUAGCAACAUCCUGGUAGGUACUUAACUUUUUAAUGUCUUUAAAUCUUCAGCCAAAUAUGUAUAUUGUAAAGUAAAAUUUUGUUUGUUAAAUUUUGCUUUGUUUGAACACUAGUUUUCUCAUCUUGGAUUUGUGCAAUUGUCAAAAACUGUUAAGUUUUCUCAACGUUUCCUUUUAUAAUUUUCUUUUAUUCUUGCGAUCCAGUGAUAUAUAGUUCAUUUGGAAAAUUUUCAGUGUUAAAUUAAGUUAUUGCAUAUAUCUCUGUAUGUGUGUUUGCUAUAGUGAUAUCAUUUUACUCACUUUUAAUUUGAAAUAAAAGUGUUGGAAAGUGAAGAAAUUUA